CAAAGAAUUUCAUUUCACAGAAGAAAUUUUGGUGAGUAUGAUCAGUAGAUACAAAACACCAACCACCAAGUAAUAAAUUCUCUUCCAUUUUAUGACUAAAGCACAAAAAAUUAGAUAAAUCUGUAUCAAACGUAAACUUAUUGCUUUCUUGCUUCUUGUGGUUCCCCAAAACUCAAAAUACUCUUUUUGUGUGUAAACAAAAAUAAACGGUACUCUUUCUUCCAAGUGUUACCAUGGAGAAGAGUUUCCUAAGAUCUACUCUCCUUGUGACAUUGACUAUCUUCUUCUUCCUUCCAGUUUCAAUCUCGGUUCCAUUCAUUCUCUUUCAUGGGAUUAGAGAUCAAUGCUCAAAUGGUGGAGUGAGCAGCUUCGUACAGCUCCUUAGCAACCUCUCUAGCUCCCCUGGAUCUUGCUUAGAAAUAGGAGAUGGAGAGCAAGAUUCGGUGACUAUGCCGCUUACGCAACAAGCAAGUGUAGCGUGUGAGAAAGUUAAACAGAUGAAAGAGUUGAGUCAAGGCUACAACAUUGUUGCACAGUCUCAAGGAAACUUGGUAGCUAGAGGUCUAAUCGAGUUUUGCGACAAUGCUCCUCCGGUCUUCAACUAUAUAUCUUUAGGAGGUCCUCACGCUGGCAUAUCCGAUAUUCCCAAGUGUAAUUCUACGCUUUGCGAGUUGCUGAAAACAGAGGUCUACACCGACUUCGUACAAGAUCAUAUUGCUCCAAGUGGUUAUAUCAAGAUCCCUACCGAUAUAAAAAAUUACCUGGAACACUCCAAGUAUCUGCCACAGCUCAACAACGAGAGACCUAAAGAAAGGAACGCCACUUUUAAAGACCGGUUCACUAGCUUGCACAACUUGGUCCUUGUCAUGUUUGACGGUGAUACAGUAGUGAUUCCUAAAGAAAGUUCUUGGUUCGGAUAUUACCCGGAUGGAGCUUCCACACCUCUUUUGUCUCCACAAGAGACAAAGCUCUAUACUGAGGAUUGGAUUGGUCUGAAAACCUUGAAUACUGCCGGAAAAGUUAAGUUUGUCAGUGUCCAUGGCGAGCACCUAAGAAUAGCGCAAGACGAUGUUGUAAAAUACGUCGCGCCUUACCUCAAGAACCAGCCUGCGUCUAUGAGUGAAGAUUUGGAGAUACUGCAUCUAUGAGUGAAAGACUUCAUUGUUAUGCUCUCUUAGGAUUAAAUUAAAGGUGAAGAACUUAAGAGGCUACUUCUUCUUAAUCAUAAAUCCAAAUAAUUUCAUCAUGUACAACGCUAGAGGCUACUUAUUCUUGUUUUUCACGGUACAUGAAAUUUAGAAAAUUCACUCGAUCAUUUUUAUGAAA